UACACCGGAAAUAGUGUUCUUGUUUACUUUCCCAAAUUAGUAAGUGAAGUAAUCCAUUCAGCCUAGCAUCGGCACAACAUUUUCGUAUUGUCUGUUAACGUUGUUUGUAAAAUUAAAUUACCUUCCUGCUACGACAAUGGAGUCGAGUGAUUCAGGAAGAGGAGGAUGGAAAAACAAGAAUGCACAACCACAGAAGCAGAAGAUGAACUUAAACAUUAUCCGCCAAGAGCAACUAAUAGCUGAGAAAAAGAAGGAAAUUGAGGCCAAAUUGGCAGAGCAAGCCAAAAUUGAUGCACAAACCCCAAAUAAAUGUCUACCCGCAAGUGAUUCCCCCCCUACGCAAGGACCCUCCUCCAACAAGUUUGUAAACGAUGGCAGCUUCUUACAGCAGUUUAUGAUGAUGCAGAAGAAGACGCCUAACGACGUCUCUGAUUCCGCCAGUGACAGCAAAAGUCAAUCAUCUUCCCUGGGAGGAAACUCAUUGCAAAAGAAAAACAUUUUGGUUGGCAAGCGACCUGGCGUCGGCAGCAUGCUCAGCCAAUUCAAGAACUAUUCGCAGUCCAAGAAGAAUCCCAUUCUCAGCCCGAGGCCAAGUGUGUUUUGUUCCCCAGAAGACGAGGACGAUGAAAUUGAUUCCUCCGAAUUUUUAAAUAUGAAAGUUUCUCCCCCAGAGGACCCAGAGACCAGACUGAUUAUCAACAAGAUGGCCUCUUUUGUGGCGGAUGGAGGACCCGAACUGGAGAGGAGGGCCAAGGAGGACUAUAAGGAUGAUCCUGUUUUCUCAUUUUUGCAUGAUAGAAACUGUAUGGAGUACCUCUACUACAAAAAGAAACUUGCCGAAUUAAGAAAGAAUGCUCCAGCGCCUAAUAACACUUCAGUUAAUGUCUCCCCCCCAGUGGACGCGGAAACCCAGCAAGUGGCCGAGAAGCUGGCCAGGUUUGUGGCUGAGGGUGGCCCGGAGGUGGAAAGCAUCGCCAUCGAGCGUAACCGUGACAACCCCAUCUUCAGUUUUUUAUUUGACCACCAAAACCCAGCCAACCGUUACUACAAAGAGAAGCUACGGGAGUAUCGUGCCGCAGCCUCGAGGACUUCCUCACCUGCGCCGACGGAGUCCAGGACAGAGCAGCAGAGACCAGCCGCUCCUCCACGACCCCAGGUUACGUUCUCCCCGGCAUCUCAAGCGCACAGUCAGGUGGAAGACACGCCGUCUGUCAAACGCAAGAGGAAAAGUAGAUGGGGUUCCGAAGAUGACAAAGUGGAGCUUCCCAUUCCACCCAUCGUUGUCCCCCAAGAGCUUGGCGUUCAAGACCCCAACGUACCAUCUCUAUCAGUUCAGGAUCUUCAAGGUCUUGGUUAUAAGAAGGGGAAGCCCGCCGGUCUUGUCGGUGUGACGGAGCUGUCUGAUGACCAGAAGAGACAGCUCAAAGAGCAACAAGAGAUGCAAGAGAUGUACGACAUGAUCAUGAAGCACAAGCGCGCAAUGGCCGAGAUGCAGCAGAUGUGGGAGAAGGCCAUUAAAGACCACCAACACGAGUACGACAGUGACGAAGAGGUGGACCAGGAGGCCGGCACCUGGGAGCAUCGGCUUCGAAAAAUGGAAAUGGAGAAGACGCGAGAGUGGGCAGAAUCUCUGACAGAUAUGGGCAAAGGAAAACAUUUCAUUGGAGACUUCUUACCUCCUGAGGAGCUGGAUAAGUUUAUGGAGACUUUUAAAGCACUCAAGGAGGGGCGGGACCCAGAUUACUCUGAAUACAAAGAGUUUAAAUUGACGGUGGAGAAUCUUGGUUUCCGUAUGCUGAUGAAGAUGGGCUGGAAGGAAGGCGAAGGUCUCGGCAGUGAAGGACAGGGCAUCAAGGCUCCUGUCAACAAGGGCACCACAGCGUCGAAUGGCGCAGGGUUCGGCGUUGAACGUCCAGCUGAGCUGUCGAAAAGCGACGAUGAGUAUGACGCCUUCAGAAAGAGGAUGAUGCUGGCCUACCGCUUUAGACCUAAUCCACUGAAUAAUCCACGGAGACCAUAUUACUGACAGAAGACAGCUGCUUACGGAAAUUAAAGGAAGCCGAAAACUCAAUUCACUUCUAAAAUUGGAUUUCAUUGCACAAUAGGAAUGGAUUUAUUUGCCUGUGUGUGUGUGUGUGUUAACAGGAUAACAAGGAUGACUACCUGCAAGAUUCCCCCUAAAUCAGUGGUUCUUAACCUUGUUGGAGGUACCGAACCCCAACAGUAUUAUAUGCGGAUUCACCGAAUCACUCUAUAGUGAUUUUUUUUCAAUUUAAAUUCAACACAUCAAUAUUUAUUACUGGUGCACAAAAUGAGCUGUGUAUCAACAUCACCUUGUUCAAAGAAAGAAAAAAAAAUAGUGUGACACAAUAAAUCAGGUAUGUUCGGACCUCCGCCGAACCCCUCAGACCGACUCACCAAACCCCUAGGGUUCGAUCGAACCCAGGUUAAGAACCACUGCCCUAAAUAUUAGCUUUCAUUGAGGUUUGAAUAUCCCAACUGCUUCUGUAUCACAAUUACUGUACCGUAUUACACACAAAAUAAAGACGCCCUUCGGUGAGACU